CUCCUCCUCCACUUCCAGAGAUCUUCCGGCUUUGGCCCCUUAACGGGCCGGCCGUAGAACGCCCUCCGCGCCGCGCCUGAAGCCUCGGUAAUGAUCGGGUGCAACCGGGCUCCUGCGGGGAGGGCGGGAGGCGAGGACGUCUCUCCCCGCUCCGAGGGUACAGCCGCCGGCAGUGUGGAGGGUCUGACUGUGGCCUCCGGCUUCCUCUUGGGGAUCUUCAUUCUUGUUUAAACGAUCUGCCGGGAGGGGGCGGGGAGGGGGCGGGGCAGCACCGGAUGCAGUUUUACGCGCCCUGUCAGGACCCAGGAGUCCUGUCUCCCAGCCUCUGCUUCGGGCACCUCAAGUACGGUGUAUUUUGGCUAAACAGGCAAUAAUGCCCAGCCAGAGGGCGGAGAGUGAAGAGGAGAUCAGGAGGGCUCCCUGGAGGAGGCGAGAUUGUCCUUCGGACUGUAGGGAGCCUGGAGUGCCCAGGAUGGCCCUGCAGACAGACAGACUCCCAGCCCAGGAGGUGGUGACUUUCCAGGAUGUGGCUGUGGACUUCACGCGGGAGGAGUGGCGCCUCUUGUCCCCUCCCCAGAAGGAGCUGUACAAGGAGGUGAUGCUGGAGAAUGUCCGGAACCUGCUCUCUGUGGGGCUUCCUGCUCCCCCAGAUGAUGUAGUCUCUUAUCUGGAACAGAGAGAAGGCCCAAGUAUGCUGGAUCAAGAAGACCUGAGGACCUGUGGCCCAGAAGGAGAGAUCAGACCUGAAAUGAAGGCGACUUCAACAGAGGUGAGCCUUUCUGUGAAAGAAAUGGAUCUACAAAGAUUCGUGAGUGAUGGUCCCAAUUACUUCACUUCCAGAGAAUUAGAUGCUGAAUCUCAACACUUAUCUCAUACUGAAUAUCAAAGAAUGCACAAUGAGGAAAAAUCUAGUGAAAGUAAUCAGUGCGGAAAGACUUUUAUGCACAGGGCAAGUCUUGCUGGACAUCAGAGAAUCCACACUAAAGAGAGACUUCAUGAAUGCAAGGAAUGUGGAAAAAAAUUCAGUCUGAGGUCCCAUCUUGCUGGACAUCAGAGAAUUCACAGUGGCGAGAAACCCUAUGAAUGUAAACAAUGUGGAAAGACAUUCAGACUGAGAUCUGCUCUUGCUCACCAUCAGAGAAUCCACACAGGGGAGAGACCUUAUGAAUGCAAGCAAUGUAGAAAGACAUUCAAGGAAAGGUCCAAACUGGCUGUACAUCAGAGAAUCCACACGGGGGAGAAACCUUAUGAAUGCAAACAAUGUGGAAAGGCAUUCACAGAUAACUCAUGUCUUGCUGUACAUCAGAGAACGCACACUGGGGAGAAACCUUAUGAAUGCAAUCAGUGUGGAAAGACAUUCCGUAGGAGCUCCCAUCUUGCUGUACAUCGUAGAACACACACUGGGGAGAAACCUUAUGAAUGCAAGCAAUGUGGAAAGACAUUCAGUCGGAGCUCCAGUCUUGAUGUACAUCAGAGAAUGCAUACUGGGGAGAAACCUUAUGAAUGUAAGCAAUGUGGAAAGACAUUCCGUCAGAGCUCCAGUCUUGUUGUACAUCAGAGAAUGCACACUGGGGAGAAACCUUAUGAAUGCAAUCAAUGUGGAGAGACAUUCCGUCAGAGCUCCAGUCUUGUUGUACAUCAGAGAAUCCACACUGGGGAGAAACCUUAUGAAUGCAAGCAAUGUGGAAAGACAUUCGGUCGGAGCUCCCAUCUUGCUGUACAUCAGAAAAUCCACACUGAUGAGAAAUCUUAUGAAUGCAAUCAAUGUGGGAAAACAUUCAGUAAGCGCUCCAGUCUUGCUGUUCAUCAGAGAAUCCACAUGGGGAGGAACCUUAACAAUAUAAACUAUGUGGAAAGAUAUUCACAUGCAGCUCCUCCAAUCCUGCUGUUGUGUGAAGGAAAUUUACACUCCCCCCUUUCUGGGGCAGCAAACCUGGCAUCAGCCUUAACUUGACUCAGAGGUGAGGAUUGUGUGAUGGAAAUGAGUGAAGAUAGAAUAGCCGCAGUAAGAAGUCAGCAACAGAUUCAAGAGAUCAUGAGAUGAGGGCAGGGUGAUGUCCCCAGGACCUCCACCUGGGUGCCCCAGGCAAAAUAGAAAGCCACAGUUGGCUUCUGAGAUGAGAUUUGUGGGUUAGUGGGUGCAUAAAAGGUUUAAUAAACUUGAGGCAAAAGCAGAUUUCAGAGCUGUUCUCUUCCAGUUUUGUUGCUAGCUGUACUUCCCUGAGUAUGGCUAAGGGGGCCCUAAGGGUGGCCACAGAAUAGCAAGUUAAAUGCAGCAAUGAUGAAAGUAUCUCCUAUUUUCCCAUCUUUUUUUCCCUUGCUAGUUUCUAUUUAAUAAAAUUAAUUAAUCUCUUAUACAGCACAGAAACUAUGGACAUUCACACUGGGCUCUAAUCUUGAUCAAAAUCAGACCAUUCACUCUAGUAUGUCAUAAGAUCUAAGAUUAGGUCCAAAUGGAUAUAUGAUUUAGACCUAAAGUAUGAAGCCAUAAGCAAAUUAAGGGAGCAUAGAAUAGUUUACCUUUCAGAUCAAUUUAUUGAUAAGGGAGAAAUUUAUGACCAAAUAAGAAAUGGGUAACAUGAGGUAUAAAAUAGGUAAUCUUUAUUAUAUUAAAUUCAAAACUGUACAAACAAAACUAAUGCAACCAAGAUUAAAAGUACAAACAAGUUAUCAUCUGCUUUACAACAAUAUGACCAAUUAAGUACUUUAGUUUUUAAAAAUCCUAACCCUGUUCUCAAAUGCCUUAAUUCAUUAUUUCAUUGUAUCUAGAUCUAAUAGGGAGUUAAUUUAGUAAUUGAGUGAUGUCUUUGCUGUAUAAGAAUGAUUGUAAUUAGCAUAAUUUCCUAUAUAAGGUUUUCCCCAAAAUUCCUAUAAAGCAAAAGUUAGAAGAAAACAAAUGAUAUUGUGGAUUUCAAAUAUGAAAUAAAUUUAUUGACAUUCCAAUGACUUCAGUUGGAAGUAUCAAAAUAAUUACAUAGAAAAUCACAUAUUACCAGCUUGGUACUCUGGACUGAUUAUACUUGAGUCCAUCCAGUGUGGCAUGACUGAUACAGUUACACUUAUUUCUACAAUUUGUAAACCUAUCACUUGCAUAUCAUAUCAUAAGCCUAUUUUGCAUUAAGGUCUAUGCUAUGUAUGUGAUGACAAAUUAUUACACCAGUACAGAUCUCCAAGCUAAACAGGUUUGUUGGGAGGAGGCCAGACUCCCAAUAAAGCCAGAUCCUUGUCAAAUCAAGAGCAACGACACAGAGUCUUAGGAGAUAGCUUUUUUAUGCUAAGAAACUGAUGAUGCAAUAACAGAAAAUAGUCACAAUGAAAAUAGAAUGGAUGCAGAAUCAUUUAUAUGGGAUGCAAGUGCUGAUCUGAUGAGUGUAAAAAAGAUCACUAUGGGUGGUAACCUUGCAGUAUUCAGCCAGCAGUUUUUGGUUAACUGAUAUAUGAAAAUAAUACUAGCCCUCCACCUCCUGUGUGACUUGUCUUGUUCUAAAAACAAGACCAUCCUUUUUGUCUAUCUUGUUAUAUACCCAAGAAGGGUGUGGUAGGAUUUAUGGAAUGUCCUGGGUUAUAGGCUUAAUGUCAGGAGGUUUGAUAUCAAUCCAAUGUGUAAUUUUCUUAACUAAUGCUUAUAACUUUUAUAAAGCAAAGUAUAUUGUGUGACUAUGAACUCAUAACUAAUUAUUGUGUUAUAAAAAUAAUCAUGUAGGCUAAUACUAUAAUAAUAAUCAUAAAAGGGAGUAGGGGAUUUUACACUCACAUAUACAAGGUUAAAUAUAAUUAUCCUCAUAGGAAAACAUGUGAAUUGAAGUGCUACUAUAAUUGAUUUUAAAACAAUUCCAUCAAAUCUAGAUUCAUCCUUAUUAAAGGUGCCCUACAGAAUCUUUUCUCAAAAGAGAUUUUUGCUAUCAGCACCUCUACUUUCAGAUUACCCUGCUGUCCAGGGAUUAUGGAUAUCUACCUGCUCAGAAGGAGGGUCUGAAUCCUGAACAUGAAGGAGGGAAAGAGGAAGGUGUUGAAGAGAUGGGGAAAGGGGAUCCCCAGAGAUGAGCAUGGGUAGUGACCCAGGUAGAAUUCACAUUGUGGGGCAGAAUUGAAGCCCUGAGGAAGUAGAAUCUAGGAUCCUCAGAAGUAAAGCUCUUAAAGAGUUUUAGGGAUGACUAUUGGGUAAACAUGGCUGCAAUCUAGACGUGAAUUGCUUCAUCUCCCCAGCACCCAAUGAAAUAGAUUACCUCAAAAGAACAUAAAAAUCAUCUUUGGAAGAAUGGAGGGACUCUACAAUAGGGCGUAGCACUGAAGGUACGUGGGGUUUCAGCAUUUCCACCCUAUAAGAAGAAAAAGCUCACAUCCAAAUGUGAUCUGAACUACCCUCCCCCACCUCACCUACGGAACCAGAGUCGGGACCAGUGCGCCCACCAGAGAUGGCGAGUGAGAGAGGGACAUCUUUGUAGUGAGUUAGGGGCACACCAGGGUCCUUGGGAUCUAACUAGGACGGCCAGGGAUCUACCUCUGAGAGUGGUUACACAGGAGACCCCUGUACACUAGAGAGUACAGACUGGGUGCUCUUGCAAACUGCAGAGUCUGUGGAGAUGCCAAAACCUGCCUGAGGCAAAAGCUCCGCCAUGUAACUCCACAGAAAAUCUGCCCAUCUCACUCAGAUUUCUGACUAAAGGGAAGGGAAAACCAAAGGGAUGGCUCAUUGUGCCCAAGACCAACCCUUCAAGAAGAACAGGAAGAAAGUAACUCUUGAAAACUUUUACGGAGGGAAAACCCAGGCUACAGAGGGAAAAGAGGAUGAAAUUCAAACAAAAUCAAAAGCUUCCCCCCAAAAUGGAAAUUGUCCACAAGCUCUGGAAGAACUCAAAGUGGAGCUUAUCCAAAAGAUGGAAACCUUCUGGUAAGAAAAAUGGGAAAAAAUUCAGAGAGAGGUCAACAGUCUGAUAGACAAGAACUCCCAAUUGGAGAAACAGCUGGAAGCUUCAAAAAGCAGGGCAGACCAAACUGAAAAGGAAAACCAGUCCUUAAAGACCAGAAUUAAGCCACUGGAAAACAAUGAUCUUGCAAAACAGCAAGAAUUAAUAAAGCAAAGUAAAAAGAUUAACAAAUUAGAAGGAAACAAAAUAUCUCACUGACAAGGUGAUAGAUCAGGAAAACAGGAAGGAGAGAAUUUGAGAAUCAUUGGUCUACCUGAAAAACCAGAGAUAAACAAAAAUCUUGAUGCCAUACUACAAGAAAUAAUUUUUAAAAAUUGCCCUGAAACUCUUGAAGAAGGGGGCAAAAUAGAAUUUGAAAGGGUUCAUAGAACACUCUCUAUACUAAAUCCCCAAAAGUCAACGCCCAGGAAUGUAAUUGCCAAAUUCAGGAGCUUCCAAGCUAAGGAGAAAGUUUUACAAGAAGCCAAAAAGAGAAACUUCAGAUACCAAGGAGCACCAAUCAGCAUCACACAAGACCUGGCAGCUUCCACACUGAAUGACCUCAAGGCCUGGAACAUGAUAUUCAAAAAGGCAAGAGAACUGGGUCUUCAACCAAGAAUCACCUAUCCAUCAAAACUGACCAUAUACUUCCAGGGGGAAAGUAUGGGUAUUCAACAAAAUAUAAGAUUUCCAAGUAUUUGUAAAGAAAAGACUAGAACUCAGUGGAAAGUUUGACAUCCAAACACAAAGAGCAAGAGAAACAUGAAAAGAUAAAUAUGAAAGAAA